AGCAUGCGCAGACUCUCUGUUUUCCCCUCAAGACGGUAGUAGCAUGGUAGCAACUGUGUAACGUAAUUGAAUUAAAUUAGAUAGUAUUUGCUUUUUAUUUUUAUUUCUUUUUAUUGCUUCUUCUUUUUAAUCUUUGAACAGUGCUCAUUCCAAUGGAUUUAGAAACCGGGACAUACGAGCCAGGCUUUGUGGGGAUCCGGUUUUGUCAAGAAUGUAACAACAUGUUGUAUCCAAAGGAAGAUAAGGAGAAUCGGAUCUUACUUUACGCAUGCAGGAAUUGUGACUACCAGCAAGAGGCGGACAACAGUUGUAUUUAUGUCAACAAGAUUACACAUGAGGUUGAUGAAUUGACACAAAUUAUUGCUGAUGUAUCACAAGAUCCAACGUUACCAAGGACUGAAGACCAUCCCUGCCCAAAAUGUGGUCACAAGGAGGCAGUGUUCUUCCAGUCGCACAGCAUGAAAGCUGAGGAUGCUAUGAGACUAUAUUAUGUUUGCACUGCCCCUCACUGCGGACAUAGAUGGACAGAAUAGUAUGCAUGGAAACUUUGUCACACAUCUUGUGAAUAGAGUUGUUUUUUUUUAAAUUCAGUUUUUUCUUAGCAGCUGUCAUUUUCACACUGUUUUGUUAUUAAAGUAAUGAGUUGCUUCAAACUUUA